AUGGAAAAGGAGCGCACCGACUCGGCAGAGGAGUACGGCUCCGACUCUGCCCCCGAAUCAGUGCCUCCCCGCCGUGAGCGAAGACAAAUGCAACGGACGCAGCGCCGCGGACAGCAGCAGCAGCAGCAACGAAACGGACCCCUGGACCAGCUGCCCGUGGGCGGCGAGCUGGGACAGGUCGGGCAGACGGCAGGCGGCGUGCUGGGAGGCGUGACGAACACGCUGGGCGGCGUUACGAACAAUGCCGUCGACCAGAAGGGCGGCGGCGACGGCGGGAAGAGCGACACGCUGAGGUUGCGGCUGGACCUGAACCUGGAUAUCGAGAUUCAGCUCAAGGCCAAGAUUCACGGUGAUUUGGAGCUGGCGUUGUUCCCAGCCAUCUGUCCUAUCAUCUACUUCCGUCCCCCUGGGUAUCACAUUUUCUUACAAAUGCGGCACCCGCAUCUCUCUUCAGGACUGGCUAGUUAUGAGGCUUAA